CCAGUAUAGUAUGUCAUCUGACUAAUCUAGAAUUUUCUCUGUUUUGUUUUUUCCAACGUUCGCUUCGAUAUAAAUCUACUUUGUGAGCGAUUUAAACAUAAAAUCAUACAUUUUAGAUAACGAGAUAAAUCACUGGGAUCAUCCUAGUAGUUUGAUCGAUAUUCAUACUAUCGAACUUACGAGUUACCUUCUCUAGCCAUUACGUCAUUCUCGCAUUGCCAUCUGCGAUGUGCUUCGUAUUUGACUGUUUCGUCAUCUGUCAUUUUCUAGAUUUUCCAGUGUCAGAAAGCUGAUUCAGAGUUUGAGUGCUAUAUCAGUAAUUCUUAUUUGAAUUCAUCAUUCGCGAGUGUUUCAGUAUUUAACAGUGUGUAAAAAGACUUCAAAAUGUUUAGCUGGCUAACAAAGAAUACUGAGAAGGAGGAGAUGUACGAAAAUGUUGUGCAGGGCCUUAAAAACAUUUAUAAACACAAGCUUCUCCCCCUGGAAGAACACUAUCAAUUCCACGAUUUCCACUCCCCAAAACUGGAAGAUUCUGAUUUCGAUGCGAAGCCUAUGAUCUUGCUAGUAGGACAAUAUUCGACUGGAAAAACCACAUUCAUAAAAUACCUGUUAGAGAGAGACUUCCCUGGCAUAAGAAUAGGACCAGAGCCAACAACAGACAGAUUCAUCGCUGUUAUGUACGAUGAUAAGGAAGGUAUGAUACCAGGAAAUGCGCUUGUUGUGGAUCCAAAGCGUCAAUUCAGGCCUCUGUCUAAAUUUGGGAAUGCUUUUUUGAAUCGUCUGCAGUGUUCUCUAGUUAACUCUCCAGUACUACAGAAUAUUUCGAUUAUAGACACGCCUGGCAUCCUCUCUGGUGAAAAGCAACGAGUUGACAGAGGCUACGAUUUCACUGGUGUCUUAGAAUGGUUUGCUGAAAGAGUAGAUAGAAUCAUCUUACUCUUUGAUGCACAUAAACUGGACAUAUCUGAUGAGUUCCGAAGAUCAAUUGAAGCCCUUAGAGGGCAUGAUGAUAAAAUUCGUAUAGUGCUGAAUAAAGCGGAUAUGAUAGACCACCAGCAAUUGAUGAGAGUAUAUGGAGCAUUGAUGUGGUCUCUGGGAAAAGUUCUGCAAACCCCAGAAGUAGCUAGAGUCUACAUAGGUUCUUUCUGGGACCAGCCAUUGAGAUACGAUGUUAACAGGAGAUUAUUCGAAGAUGAAGAACAAGAUUUGUUCAAAGAUUUGCAAUCGCUCCCAAGAAAUGCGGCACUCAGAAAAUUAAACGAUCUUAUCAAACGAGCCAGGCUAGCAAAAGUACAUGCUUACAUCAUUGCAGAACUUAAAAAACAAAUGCCUCUGAUUGGCAAAGAUAGUAAGAAAAAAGAACUAAUCAAGAACCUCGCAUCUGUAUACGAUAAGCUCCAAAGGGAGCACCAGAUUUCUCCAGGAGACUUCCCGGAUAUCAAGAAGAUGCAAGAAGUCUUGCAGCACUGUGAUUUUACAAAGUUCAAUCCUCUCAAACCAAAACUGCUAGAUAUUGUUGAUAGAAUGCUAUCCGAUGAUAUAUCAACUCUAAUGGCAAAGAUACCAUUAGAAGAAAGUGUAGUUCAAAAUGGACAUGGUAAUGUUCAGGGUGGAGCAUUCAUCAAUGUUGAAGACACUGCCUCACCGUUUGGUUAUAAGAAAGGAGAAGGUAUUGAUGCAGGUGCUGGUGAACUAGAUUGGAUUGUGGGAAGAGAGAAGCAUAAGUAUGAUGAGAUCUUCAAGGGCUUGAAUCCAACAGAUGGUAAAGUCAGUGGCAUGGCUGCCAAAUCCGAGAUGGUGAAAUCAAGACUUCCCAACUCCGUCCUGAGCAAAAUAUGGAAACUUUCAGAUGUAGACCAGGACGGGUUACUGGACGAAGAAGAAUUCGCCUUAGCCAUGCAUUUGAUAAAUGUCAAAUUAGACGGUAAUGAGUUACCCGCUCAGCUGCCUCCUCAUUUGAUACCACCUUCUAAACGCUAAUCAAUACGUUUAGCACGAAUUAUCCACAAGUGCUGUUCGAUCCUUUUCGACUUGGAUUCAUCGGUCGAGGCCGGUCUAGAUUAAUUAUGAGUCUGCUGAUGCAUUGGUUUUGAUUUUUCCAGGAGACAAAAAAUGACCUUAUAUUAUUAUUCAUCACUUUGACAGACGCAUCAUAUUAUUCGGAAUCAGGGAAAAAUUGAAUAACUUUGGAUGUAUGUUACAAACACCCAAUUUUCAAGGAAGUUUUAAACCGAAAAUAGUUCAAAUAGCAUUUUUCUAGUGAGCGAGCCGCGAUAAAGUUGCAACGCACAUUACACUCCGUUUUUGAUAUUCGAUAUUUAUUUUGUAUAUAUACGUCAUUGAAAUGAACAAAUUGAUCAUAAAUACAAAAUGUAUGCUAUGUAGUAAUAGUUGCUAUUCAUUUCCGAGCUAUUGGAUUUUCGGUCCAAAGAUGAAUUGCUUAUCAAGUAACCUGAACUCUCAAUGAUUAAUAAGGUAUUCAAUGGUAUUUACCGAUGUUAUCUUUAAAAUUUCACUACUCUGAUAUUUUACUAUCUCAACAAGGUAAGUAAUAUAAAAUUUCACGUUCAGGACUAAUGCAUAACAUGCUCAUCAUGAAUCGAAACCAUGUACAAACCUAGGCUUUGGAUCCAAAAUAUUAUAUCGUUUUUGCCAAGUGCAAUUUUCCAUAAUUAUCAUAGUUAUUCGCUAUGUUGUAUUGUUCAUUUACUAUGGUUUGUUAUACAGAGCUUUGAAAAGAUCCCUCUACCUGUUUUUUGAACGGGUCAAGUUAUCAAGCCGAAAUCAAGGGUGAUAGAACUGAUGUAUUCUACCGUGAAAGUAGCGCCGUCGUGGGUAUUUUUUAAAUCCUUGUACUUUAUUUACGAUCUUUUAAAAUGGGAAACGUACGGUAUGUCAAAGUUGGGCGUUUUUGUUUAUUGAUUGAAAAAAAAAAUAACUGACUAACAAUUUCUUAAAUGGCAUGUUCUAUAUAUUUUUUAAAAUUUAAAUAUAUUCAUAUAACAUGCAGCGUUUCGAGGAUUGCUUGUUGAGUAAUAAGCUGUCCAAGCUGCUAUCAUUCGAAUUUCAAGUGCCACUCUCAAAAUAUUACUAUAUUCACCACUUCAAAUUUCAGCCUGCUUACUAGACUCGUUCAAAAAAUAAAUAGGGACACCUUAUCAAAAGCACUGAGUAAACCAGAAUAUUCAUUUAUGACUUCUAGCGUUGCUUUCAAAAUUUUAUAUUAGUCUCGAUAAAACGUCUGUUUAUUUCUAAGAUAAAAGGUAACACGUGAGGCGUCUCACAACUUAAGCUGAUGCCAUGUUGCUAGACAUAAUAACUACAGAGCUCUGAACAAAAUAUAUUUAAUUUUAGAUCUUUUUCGAAAAUGCAUUUUAUAAUGUUAUCUAUUUCCGAACCAAGAAGCCCCAACUUCGUUUUGAAAGAUGUCAUAAGAAGUCAUAAAUGCAUAAGAGCCUGUCAUCGUAUUAUAAUAGAGUAUUUAUUUAUUUUAGGACAUAAUGUUCUUCACUUAUUUAUAUUUAUUUUUCUUGUUUUGUAAAAACUUGUCCGAGGCUGUUCUGCGAUCCAUAAUAGACAUUUUUCAACGGUAUUAAUUCAAAAUAUAAUAUUUCGAGAAAACUUCAGAGAAAUUAACCCAACAUCGUAAAAAUAUGGAUUUCAAACAGUCUUGGAGCUCAUUUUCAGUUUGCUUCAUAUGAAAUUUUGGCUUGAAAACCCCUUAUGCUUAUAAAUAGAAUAUGAGUGAUUUCUGUAUCGUUCUAUGUUCAACCGUCUUGAUUUCUGCUAUGCUUUCAACUUGUCUUGACUAAGUCACCCAUAUCACGAUCGACCCUUCACCAUACAAAAGAAAAGGACUACAGUUAUGUUAGUUGAAAAUAUGCUGUAUGUAUUCCAACGUACUGUAUUUUCUCCUGAUUUUUUGUAUCUCCUUUUCGGUUUGUCUUGUGCGGUGUGCUUUCACAGCUUUUGUCUUUAAAGUGGUUUAACCCAUCAAUGGCAAAUAUUACCUAAUGUGAUAAAAAACGUACUGUGCAUAUUGUAUUAUAUGAAACAUUGUAGAUGUGACUUAACACUGGUUAAUACUGAAUACAGUAAGUUGAUUUGAUAAAACCUAAUAUAUUUUUGUAUAUUUUUAAUCGACUGUAUUUAGUUUUUAGGCACUUGUAGUGGAACAUAGCAUUUGUUGUAACCGAUAAUAUAGAAAAAUUUAAAAUAUUCCUAUUAUUUCAAUACACAUGUUUAUUAUUGUUUUCCCCACCCUAAUAAAAAUUUAUUACG